GCGAAGCCUGGUCUGGCGUUUGUGCCUCUUGCAGCUUGCUGAGUCUUGUCGGCACUGGCAGUCACCAUGCAGCAAACAGCUCCUCCCUCAGCUGCCAGAUACAGUAGGUGGAUAAGUAGAUAAGAUGGCUUCCCCCUCUCCCCUCUCCUCUCCCCCCUCUCCCUCCAAGGCCUUUCGUCUCAUUCAACCAUACCCCUCCAAAGCUCAUUCAAAAUUCUUAACAAAACAUUCUAUCUUUAACACCAAUCAUUAACACUACCCAUCAUGGCUGGUCUCAAGGGAUUGCACAAGGUUAAACUCAUCCCUAACCACAACUACAAGAAAUCAGGCCCCAAGUCCUAUGUCUACCUUCUCAACAGAUGGGGCUUCAAGCCCACCCAGCCUGGUCCAUACUUCCAGAUGAACAAGGUAUCUCAGUCUGGUCACCACGGUCUCAUGCACAAGAUCGGCGGCAAGGCUACAACCUACCAAGUACUGGCGAAAAAGAAGCAUGGAACCACCACUGGAGACGCAGAGGCUGGCGAAGUUGGCGCGGAAGACCAGCAAAAUGACUCCAUGUACCUUUGCCCAGUUUCGAUUGGUACCCCCGCGCAGACUGUCAAUCUCGACUUCGAUACCGGAUCUGCUGAUCUCUGGGUCUGGUCCACUCUUCUCCCUGCAUCCGUCAAAUCCCAAGGCCAAGGUCACACAAUCUUCGACCCCACAAAAUCAUCCACAUUCAAGAGUGUAAAGGGAGACAAAUGGAAGAUCUCAUACGGCGAUUCCUCAUCUGCGUCGGGAACGGUUGGCACUGACAAUGUUACAAUUGGUGGUUUAACAAUCAAGAACCAAGCUGUUGAGCUUGCUACUCAGAUGUCUGACCAGUUCAUUCAAGGAGCUGGUGACGGACUUUUGGGUCUUGCUUUUGGUAACAUCAACACUGUUACUCCAAGGGCGGUUGCAACCCCUGUCGAGAACAUGAUCUCAGAGCAAGAUAUUCCCCAGACUGCUGAACUCUUCACCUGCAACCUCGGUAGCUGGCGCGAUGCCAACGAUCCCGACGGAGGUAAGAGCUUCUACACCUUCGGUUACAUCGACGAGCCAACAGUCACGGCUUCUGGACAAGAAAUUGCCUACACGCCAAUAGACAGCUCCCAGGGCUUCUGGAUGUUCGCCUCCACUUCGGCAACUGUGAACGGCACGACCGUUGAUCAGUCAGGAAACACCGCCAUUGCUGACACCGGAACCACUCUUGCUCUUGUUGCUGAUGCUACCUGCGAAGCCAUCUACCAGGCUAUUCCAGGCGCCAAAUAUGACUCAAAUCAACAAGGUUGGGUUUUCCCAUCCAAAACGACUGCCGACCAACUCCCAGUUGUCACCUUCGCUGUUGGUGACACUCAAUUUGCUGUUCAGAAGGAGGAUCUGGGCUUUGCGGAUGCUGGAAACGGCAUGGUUUACGGUGGUAUCCAGUCCAGAGGUAGCAUGACCUUUGACAUUCUUGGUGACACCUUCUUGAAGGGAAUCUAUGCUAUCUUCGACCAAGGCAACUCUCGCUUUGGUGCUGUUCAACGCCAAGAGGCGAAUCAAAACACUUCUGCUCCCCCUUCUUAGGUGGGCGGUUUGUACCCUACACAUGAAGAAAUGACUGAAUUGCCAUGGGACGGUAUGGAGGCAAAAUGGUUGGCGGAUGGAUGCUCGUAGCACUUUGACUUUUUGGAUAGCAAUCGAUAUUUUUAACCCCGA